GCACCAACACACAUCUCUAAAUAUCUAUAUCUUUCCUUGUUUAGCUGCUUCCUAGAAUUACCAAGAUCUUUGCUGGAGUUGAGGAUCAUAAGCUCAUAUGGGGGACUCUUCUGCAUCAUACAUACACAUGGUGCAUCAUCUGAUAGAGAAGUGUUUGAUCUUCCACAUGAGUAAAGAAGAGUGCAUUGAAGCACUGUCUAAGUAUGCAAACAUCACUCCUGUCAUCACUUCUACUGUUUGGAACGAACUGGAGAAGGAGAACAAGGAAUUCUUCGAGGCCUAUGCUCGAUCCCAAAGCAAACAAGGUCAUCAGAUUGCGUCCGAGGAACAGACAAGUCAAAUGAUUCACAAGAUAAUUUCGGAUUCCAACAAAGACUCAGAUGAAUAAUACGCCAUGGAAGGAAAACGAUCUCACCUUAAUGUACCAUCCCUUCUCCUUGGUAGUUGGCAUAUAUUAUUUGACAAUAUAAACUCAUUCCAGUGUUGCUCCCAUGUGGUCCUAUUACACAUGUUUCAUUAUGGUACGGGAACAUCACAGAAGCCUAUCAGUGUCCCUACGCUAAAUAAAAUUAUUUAUUGAAU